UUUACAACUGCUUGGCAACGGUUUCUGACGACCUUGCUAAAUAAUAAACAACAAUAUUUUCUUUUUUACACACUGACGGAAUUUCAUCAGAAGCCGCAGGAACAAAAAUUACAAAAAUUUAUUAUAAAAUAAUUAAACUUAUUUAUAAAGUGUAAAGAAACUAAAAAAAUUGUCAUAAAUCGAAAAAGGAACAAAUAAAAUGUCAGCUUUUAUAGAAGAAACCUCGAAUCGAUUAUUACCUAGAAUUGUGCUAAUCGCAUGUGGAUCAUUCAGUCCACCAACACCUAUGCACUUUCGUAUGUUUGAGAUUGCCAAAGAUCACUUUGAAAUGCAGGGUACCCACAAGGUUAUAGGCGGCAUUGUCUCACCCACUCAUGAUGCAUAUGGUAAAAAAGGCUUGGCACCGGGUAAACAUCGUUGCUCCAUGGUAAAAUUGGCUUUGCAAUCCUCCACCUGGAUACGUCUGUCGGAAUGGGAAACGCAACAAGAUGGCUGGUCACGCACUCAGGCGGUUCUGCAGUAUCAUCAAAAUUUCAUGAAUAAUUAUAUAAAUUCACCUGAUUUGGAUAAUAUGAAUAGUGGAGAUCAUCAAAUACCUAGCUGGUUGCCACCAAGUCUAAGGGAACGUCGUGAUCCAGUACAAUUGAAACUUUUAUGUGGCGCUGAUUUGUUAGAAUCGUUUGCUGUACCUGGUUUAUGGGCGGAAGAAGAUAUUGAAGAUAUUAUUUCCAAUCAUGGUUUAGUUGUUAUAUCACGCAGUGGUUCAAAUCCUGAGAAAUUUGUAUUUGAUUCAGACACUUUAACGAAAUAUCAACGUAAUAUAACUUUGGUCACCAAUUGGGUAUCGAAUGAAGUCAGUUCAACUAUGAUACGUCGAUUGCUGGGACGUGGUCAAUCUUGUAAAUAUCUUAUAGAUGAUAUGGUUUUGGAAUAUAUAAAACAAUUUGGUUUAUACCAAUCGAACACUAAGUAUAUAACAUUAUUAAACCGAACUUCUAAACAGGAUAAACUUUUUAAUAUUGCUUACAUUAAUCAACAACAAAAUGUUAACAUGCAAACAUCAUCAAUUGAGACAACACCAUCAGAUGAUGAAGAUGUUGACAACAAUGAUGAUGAAGAGCAUAUGGAUGAAACAGAUUUUUCAUUAGUUAAAAAUAUAUUAAAUAAUAGCAACAAUUUAGAUAAUCGUAAAACAACAAUGACAGCAGCCAAUGUAUUUUGUUGUGGUGAUAAAUCAGGUGCCGGUGUAAUUGGUAAAUUGUUGGGUCAUAAUGUUAAUAAUAAUAAAAAUAAGAAAUCGACCACAGGACCGGGACAAGCGGUGCAAGUGAUAACCAAUGAAUGUGGUAUUACAGAAGUUGUAUUGGAUGAUAAUGAGAUGAAAUCCAAAAAACUUAAAAUGGCAGAUCAUGUUUAAAUCUCAUUAACAAAGUAAUCUAAUGAAUUCCAAAGAUGUCUUAAGUGCGGCUUAAACAAAAGGACUGUUAAGUAAUGGCUACAAUAAACAAUUCCAAUAUCUAUUUUACUAUUUAUUGUGAUUGUGAAUUAAACAUACUAAUUUACAUAUACAUUUAUUUAAACUUAUUUAUGCACUUUAAAGUGUUUUACAAAGGCAUACUAUUACUACUAUUUAUGAAUUAUUAAGUGUAAUAUGAUUAUCAAUAAUUGUUUAAAUAAAAUUAUGUAUACUUAUUGAAGUA